UGGUCGUAUUGUUGAUGCUUUACACGCAUAUUGUUGUGAUCAAUAUGUGGUCCGAUGCAAAAGUGUCGUACUUUAUAGCAAAGGACUGGUGGUUUAUGUGGUGCACAAACUUCAUCGUUGCCACUAUUAUCGAGUUUGCAGUCGUUAAGGCCAUUGAUUAUAAUUGUAACAAAACCUUAAAUAAUAAUGGACAUUUUGGAGACAAUGUCGCAUUGAAGGCAAUAGGGAUUCUUGUCACCGAU